AUGUCUACUAUUAAUGAAAUAAUUGUGGAAAUUAAGGAACUUAUAAAUCUCAUUAAUGAAAAUGAGCGUCAUUUACGUGAUUGUGUGCAAAAGCUUAAAAGUUUAUUAUUAGUCAAAAAUCUUGAAAAUUUAUCCAAAAUUCUAGGUGAAAAAUUUGAAAAAAAGCAAGAUAUUGGUGGAAUACUCGACAAAAUACUCGAAGAAACUUCUGGUGAUAAUGAUUUUACUAUGGAAUUGAUUGAAAGGCUCCAAUUUUUUCUAAUGCAAGAAGAAAGAGGAAUGGGUAUUAGUGAGAGUUUCCUUCGUGAAUUAAACAAAUUUAAAAGAGAAUUAAAGAAAGAAAUUUUUAUGUCAAUGGCUCAAACAGAAAUUGAUACCUAUUUUAGUUAA